AUGUCUCUGGGCUUCCCCUACAACCGGCCCACCACCCCUCCGGUGCAGUACCAGGAGCUGGCUGAACACUCCCAUAAUCGUCAUGCAUCAGAUUCAUCUAUAUACUCGAACGACUCAUCUCCCUGGUCUGCUGUCACCUCGACUACGAGCCCAACGAUAGAUUCUCCUCCUCGGUAUCAACACGGACCUGCUCUUCUCCCUAGGAUCAGAUCACAAGACGUUGUCAUUGAGCCACCGCCAGCAGCUGGACCGCGGCGUCACCGGCGGUUCCUUUCCAACACUCGAAACCCGCCAGGCUUCAUUCCAUAUCCGCCCCGGCGUCCGUCAGUCCAGCAUAACGUGGUCGAGGUAUCAGACAGGCUGGCCGCUGUCUCAUCUGCCCAUACCUCGCCUGUCUACGCAUCGUACAAUGAAUCAACACUUUCGUCUCCUGUGAGCAUCACACCGUCCCACAAACGCAGGGGAUCUCGCAACCACUCUCGCUCGGGCUCAACCUCAAGUAUUGAAGAGGUUAAAUACGCCUUUUCGACCUAUCGGCAAUACCCAAAGUAUGCAGCUCAGCCUCAGCCUUCCCCUACGGCACCAAUGACUCCGGCCACACCGAAUAUCAUUGUGUAUCCCCCAUUCUUGCGGGACUCACCGGCCGAGCCCGUAGCCAAGUCACGGGAAGCCCCGGCGCAGCUGGCACUUCCAGCUUCCCCAUACCGCUACACACACGUUACUAGUUCCCUGUGCUCACCUGUUGGCCUUGCGCAUACUGUUCCCAGCGUCUGUGCGCAGUCAACCACUCUUCUCUCGUACCUCACAAGCCCAACACAAGCAAUCAACCUAGUCCGCAAUGUAAGCGUAAUUCCCACCAGAGGCCUGCAUGACUAUUUCUGGUGGGAUGUUCGGAACCUACGCAGCUGGACUUCUUUCUCGCUGGAUACUUUCAACUCAAUCAAAGGACUCACGAAGCUACUGAAAACGGCGAUCCCUUCGAACCUGACACCCCCGGCAGUAGUCCAAAGCAACCGCCUGUCUCCAGACUCAGAAGCCGCGCUCGUUAGUCUCGUCCAGGACAUGUACGCCCCGAGAGUCAAUGCAGCUCUCGCCGUAUCUCAAGGUCAUGACCACCUGUCCUUAUACCCAGCUCCGGCGCCUAGGACCCCAGCCAACAAGAACUACGGUGGCCCACACUUCUUGGCUAACUAUACCUCCGACACUGAACAAACGAUCUCGGGCCUCCCUCGCGGACGCCUGGUUGGAAUAGCCAAGAGCUUCGACCGGUGGAACACAGGCAUGCGCAAUGAAGCGCCACACCGGCGGGUAGAGUACCUCAACGGCCUCGCCCACCUCCAGCGCUGCAUGCGCGAACACUCCUGCCGCUACGGCUUCAUUAUCACGGAGAUCGAGCUUGUUUGUGUCCGCGCAGGCUGCGACCAGGGCGACGAUGUGCCUUACUUUGGAUUCCUUGAAGUUUCCGCGCCAAUUCCGACAAAUAUCGCUGCCCACCAGGGCAACGAGAGCUCUGUCGAGCACAACUCAUCCGGCUACGCUUCGCCCAGCUCGCCCACCCCCUCUGCCGACAGCUCGCUUGCCAGCCAGUCACCGCCGCGAACUCGCACUCAUCACGACGAAAUGGGAUACGGCGGCCCAAUCCCGGCCGGAGCACCAGAAGCCCUCAACGUUCCGAUGACCGCCAGCCUAGCCCUGUACUUCCUCCUCAUGCUCUCGAAAUCCGUCCCGCUCCCCUCUCAACCUUCGUCCCAUUUGAAUGUCGGCGGGCCCGGCGCGCUCACCCGUCAACGGACUCUACCUGAAGGGAAGGACAAGUGGAUACCUGAGCCGCAAAUCGGGGAGAAGCGUGAUGCAAAGCGCGUACGGGGGUGGAUAUGGCCGCAUGAUGCGUGGCAUCGUAGGGAGGGCGGUGGUGCGCCGAGGGCUAGGGCUGCGGGUGCAAGUGUGGUUGCGGUGGCGCCGUCGGGGAAGACAAAGAAGUGGCAUAAGUAG